AUGAAGAGGAACCAUCGGAGCCUCAAGAUGCUCUUCUCCCCGUCGCAACGGACAACGGGACCCGCACGAUCGUCCAACAGACGACGACAUACUCGACAAUUACCUGGAACACCACAUUUUACUCACGAGAGCCCCGUUGUUCCUGCAACAACACAGGCUGAUGUCACUGCAACAAUGCAGGCAACUCCGAGUGCAACUCCAAGCCAUGCAGGAGCCUCAGGCGACAACCAUCAUUUCCAGGUUACAGGACCCAUCCACGAUCAGAUCUUCAAGCACUCCAAAGAACUUGUCGUGGGCAUCACCCUCACAAAGGACGUGAUGGCCUUGUCUAUGGCCGACAAGAAACGUAUCAUCAAGUCUAUCAUUCGAAAGGCGACACCCAAGAUUCCAGGGCUUCAGGGAAUACCACACUGGGAGAAUCAAACCAAGGACCUUGCAACAAUCUGGCGAGCGGUAAUUGUCAUGUGCACGGCAGUUACGACCCUCACUCGAGAAGGUGUCAUAAUGGCCUACAGACUUUUCCCUCCGCAGGGUAGUCCAAUCUCCCCCGAGACCUUCCGCAUGGAUCGUGUGAGACACCUCAUUCGAAACAACACAUUCAUGCACGAAUAUUCGUUUAAUGCGGAUGGGACACUGACAAUUCACUCCAAGUUCAAAAAUCACUUCAUCCUUCACCUUGUCACGAGAAUGGUAUGGAAUAUGCACUUCCAACUCGACAUUUUGCUCGUCUCACCACGCAGACAGCUGCACUUUGCGAUGGGACUGGCCGGCGCAAUAACGAAAUGUGUGCUGGCGGAACAAGCACACCUGAUACUCACUGCACCUAAGUCGUCCCCAGACACAGAUGCUUUUACCUUUGAAAUGAUCUGUUCAGGUAUGGAUGAUCUCACUGAUGAGGAGAAAGUCGACUUGGAUGGGUGGAAGGAUCAUAUGGUCAUUUGUGGGACGUCUCAACAGUGCAAGAAUGAGCUCUCCGAUUUCGACUUGGACUCAAACUCGGAUAUCGCGUGA